AUGGAGCCCGAGAGUCACAGGGAGUUCAUGUCCAGGAUCGUUCGUGUGAUACAAGAGAACGGCGACGCGUUGGAUAUGAUCAACGAGAAUGUGGAGGAAGAAACGAAGAUGUUGGACAUGUUCAUUACUCACUACAACAGCGUGUAUGACUUCAGUAGCCUCCUGGGAGUGCGAAGCUCGAACCCUGACAUGGCAGGUGUUCUCAGACGUCCGUGCACCCAAGAUAGCGUCUUCUUACAGCUGCUACAGCAUCUGCUGGAGAUGAGAUUCCUGGAGGGGAGAUGGCAACAGCUGCCGUCAGGCAAUCACAGAUUGGUGGUAAUGCAGAGCAUUCGGAUCCUGACUCGAGAUAAAGCUCUUCAGAGACGAUUCUUGAUGAGAGGAGGAGGGGAGGAGCUCGUUGCUAUCUUUGAAGAGGAAGGGAACAAGCACUACAGCGAGCUGCUCGAUCAGGCGUCAGUAGCUCAGAGCCUCCCGCCAUUGACGCACAUCGCCAGCAUGUUGAGCAAGCUGGAGGCGGACUGGAUCAUCCAGUGCCGCAAGACCAUGUGCUACCUCUUGUCCACAGCUGAGAGGUUCCUGCUGCAGAGCGUGCUGAUGGCGCUGCAGAAGCUGAGCCGAAGCACGGCCAUCCUCUCUCAGGACAUCCAGGGGAUCCUUCUCCUUCCCACCGGCGACGGGCUGACUGCAGGGCAGAAGCUGCUCGAGCUGCUGGACUCGGACAAGAUGAAGAUGGAAUACCGCGAGCUGGUUGCGGACAUCCUGUACAACCUCUGCCAGAUCGAGGAGAACAAGAUCACCCUGGUGAACCUCGAGUCGAUCCGCAUAUUCCUCAGUAUGGUUCAGAGCUCUGAGGACAGCAUUCUUCUGUAUGGCCUCCGCUUGCUUGAGCGGACGGUGACGCAAGAUUCUGUGAGGCAGAUCAGACUGUUGGGAGGGAUCAACAUAGUUCUGAACAUUCUCGGACGGGUGGGAGACUUUCAGAGCAAGAUGGUGGGGAGGGACGACAUUUUGAUCGCUGGAUGCUCGCUCCUCAGUGAGCUGGCGUUCGAUGAUGAGAACUCUUGUCACAUUCGACAGUCCAACGGAAUUUUCAUCCUCACCAAAGUUCUUCUCAUGGAGUGCGAGAAUGCAAAGAAGGUUCCUGCGGGAGAGGAUGGAACACGAGCUUCAGACCCGAUGCAUGAGACGCAAGUCCUCGCGGUCGCUGCCCACGCAGUCAAGUCGAUCUUUGAGAGGUUCAUCGAGAUUGGACAAUACCAGCGGGACCUGGAGAAGUGCCGCUCACCUCCUGCUCUUCAGGCCAUCGGCGAGAUGCGGUCGGACAUGGAGAGCGACAAGAGGAUAAGAGACUACUUGCUCGUGGGUGACUCAAUCGGAAAAGGAGCUUUCGGAACCAUCUGGCGAGCUAGGCUGGCAGGAGGAGGAGGAGCAGACGGACCAGUCUACUACGCGCUCAAGGAAAUCCCCAUCGACGCUGAUGUCCAACUCGAGAAAGACACGCACAGAGAGGUGUCGCUCUUGCAGCAGAUGAGUCAUCCCAACAUCGUCAAGUACGUCGACUCGUUCACGGACAGAUCGAUCAGUGGAAGUGAUCGAGGGCUGUACAUUGUGAUGGAACUAGUGGAAGGAUCAAGUUUGAUGGAGCUAAUUAACAGUCAUUCGGGGAAGAAUCAAAGAAUUCCAGAGAGGAAUAUCAGAGACUUGCUCAUACAGAUAUGUCAUGGGCUCUACUACAUCCACAAGAAGAAGAACAUUACACACAGUCAAAAACACACGGAGAUCAGCGUCAUGUCCUCUGUGGUCGGAACCCUCACCUACUCCUGCCCUGAGAUCAUCGAGAGGAGACCGUACACGGAGAAGGCGGAUAUCUGGUCACUGGGUGUCAUUCUGUAUCAGAUGAUAUGCUUGAAAGCUCCUUUCUCGGAGAACAAUCCUUUACAGACUGCGGCAAACAUAGUGGAAGGACGGUUUGAACCAAUCAAUGACCCGACGAAGGAAUACUCUGACGAACUCAAGGAGCUCGUAAAAACGAUGAUGAAUCCAGACACAGCAGCUCGUCCAGACAUCAUCGAGAUCAUGAUGCAGAUUAAUUGUUGGGACAGAAACGACCUAAUGAAGUAUGAUCUUCAGAUUGACAAGGAGAGAUAUGAAGCGCUGCUCAAAAGUCAGGUGCAAACCCGCGACACCUACCGCAGACGCCAGCGAUCACUCCUAGAGUCUCAGGACAAGGUAGAUUGCGACUGUCAGCAGAGGCCUUUGGACUGGAAAAACCUCCCGGCCUGGCGUGUCCUCAAGCUUGCGCGGGAUGCAGUGCCAGCAGCCAACGUGAAGGAGAUUGAUCCCGCAAGUCAGAUGUUGAAUCAGCUCCACAAGAUUGUGUUUGUCACGCAACUACCUCCGGACAUGAGCGAGGGUCAGGCUGGGCUGCCAUAUGCAAAACUUCUUUACAUGAGGAGCUGUAUCGAGAAAUACAAGAGAGCGCUGUUCAAUCGAGCUGGGCAGGGUUUGAAUCUCAAAGAGGAGCUAAAGAAGUUUUUGAACAACAGAGAAGAAUACAUCCCAGUUGAUUUCUCUGGAGCUGAGAUCAGCAGACCGUCUGCGACUGAUCCGACUUUGAGUCCAGAUGGAAAGCAGUUCAGGUGGGGAGGAAAGCUAACGUAUCAUGAGAUGUGCAACAUGUUGGAAACCCUUCUUCAAGCGAACAAUUACUAUGAGUCUGAGGAUUGGACUUUGAACUGA